GCAGCGAGUCUGAAGCACGCGCGUCAUCGCUUCCUGAGGCUGACAUUACUCUCACUCGACUCGCUCCUCUGUGGAAAAACUCGGCGUCAGUCAAUGUUUGCGGAGAGGAAACUUUCUUCCUUUGACGGCGCACAGUCGACGAGAUUUGCAGCUUUCCCGAGCACAAACCGCUCGCUCCGUCUGUUUGGAUUACUGGCAUCUGCGACUCCAAAAAAACAUAAACCGGAAAGAUUUUCGGAAGGUGGAUUUGUGAGGUUCCCCUCAAUUUGCGCGUGACAACUGUAUAUUCAAGUGCGCGCGGCUUCCGGAUAUAUCAACGUUUUUACUGUAUCUUUCGGACAAGAGCUCAGUUUGCGGAAUUUUCCUCUUCACUGCGUUUAAACCCAGAAAACUGCUCGCUUUGAAACGCAGGUUGGUUUAAUUUGUCUUAAGUGUCAGCUCCAGUAUGAAGAUACGCACGUAAGAGUGAAGAUUUUCCCUGAUGAAAGGAAUCGAGCGUUCAGCUCGAGUUCACUAGGGUCACUUCCUGAUGAUGACAGUAAACAUGGAUGGCGGUCUCCAAAAUGGACCUGGACAGCACAAGAACUCACAAGAUGAUGAAGAGGCACUCACCUCCAUAAUGAAGGACCUGGCAGCUUUACGGUUCUGUUACCAAAUCAAGAGUAACAGCAGCAGCAACAAGCCCAAGAGCAGAACCCCAUCCUACAGACAGGAUUUACGGGUGAAGCUGGAGCAUGAGCGAGAGAAACGGAUCAUUCCGUUCCAAAGGCCACUGAAUUUCAAGGAUCUGCUCCAGAAGGUGACGGAGGCCUUCGGCCAGCAGAUGGAUCUAUAUUUCACUGAUAAAGAGACAUUGGUGGCUCUGAAGUGUCAGGAAGAUUUGGACCGAGCAGUUCAGGGAUUGAGCUCCAUCUCUGGUAUCAACAACCUGCUGAGAGUGAUUCUGAAAACACCUCCCAACAACCAAUUCCUUCAUGUGAGCGGCCAAGACAGGCAGAGCGAGAUGAGGUCAUCCAGGUCCCUGGGAGAUCUUAAAGCCUCGGUUCUCAAAGGCUCAGAACGAGUGCGCAAACACUCUACAGGAUCUCUGAACACGGGCCGCACCUCACCCCCUCCGGGCAGCGUACCAGAAGAGCAGCAGCAGAUCGCUCGGCAAGGGUCCUACACCAGCAUCCACAGUGAAGGAGAGUUCAUCCCAGAAAUGCUCGACUCCAAUAUGAUGGAGCCAUUCGGGAGUGCUAAUGGGUCGCUUUCCAGCAGCUGUCAGUCACUGGACCAAGCACUGGACAGCCCGCCAUUCUCCCAGAGCAACCGGGACAACAAUUACCUGAACCUCAACUAUGAAUACAAAGGACGUCAUGGGAAACACGGAACCUUUCCACGCCAGUUUCAUGUGUCCAGUCGCAGUAAAGACUACGGUGACGGUCGGAGGACUUUCCCUCGAAGCUUUAUGCCUCAAGAGAAGCUGUUUCAGCUGGUCCCGUCCAGCCGUACACGCAGCUAUAAUGGGGAAAGCACUUUACUGUACAGUGGAGAUCUGCACAACAUCAGCUGGACUGAGAAAAACUGCCAACUCAACAGUCCUAAAUCCCCAAGGGCUCCGGUAAACUGGCGUCAGGGGAAACUGCUCGGUCGGGGCGCUUUCGGCGAGGUCUACCUCUGCUACGACGUCGACACGGGACGCGAGCUGGCAGCCAAGCAGGUGCCCUUUGACCCUGACUGUCACGAGACCAGCAAGGAAGUGAACGCACUGGAGUGUGAGAUUCAGCUAUUGAAGAACCUGCGUCACGAGCGCAUAGUGCAGUACUACGGAUGCUUGCGUGAUCCGGUGCAGAGAAAACUGGCCAUCUUUGUGGAAUUCAUGCCUGGGGGCUCUAUUAAAGACCAACUGAAGGCGUACGGAGCGCUGACGGAGAAAGUCACCCGCAGAUACACCCGACAGAUCCUGCAGGGAGUCCACUAUUUGCACAGCAACAUGAUCGUACACAGAGACAUCAAAGGCGCAAACAUUCUGAGGGACUCCUCUGGAAAUGUGAAGCUGGGAGAUUUCGGGGCCAGCAAACGCAUUCAGACCAUCUGCAUGUCCGGGACGGGGAUCAAAUCGGUCACCGGCACCCCCUACUGGAUGAGCCCGGAAGUCAUUAAUGGAGAAGGAUACGGACGCAAAGCAGAUAUUUGGAGUGUUGCCUGCACGGUCGUUGAGAUGCUAACUCAAAAACCCCCAUGGGCUGAAUAUGAAGCGAUGGCAGCCAUUUUCAAGAUCGCAACCCAGCCGACCAAGCCAAACCUGCCCGAGGGAGUGUCCGACGCAUGUAGGGAUCUCCUGCGGCAGAUCUUUGUGGAAGAGAAGUGGCGGCCCACUGCCGAGGGGCUUCUCAGUCACCCUUUUGUCCAGGGCAGCUUCUGAUCUCUCUGGAAUCCCCAGGGAAAGCCACACAAUCACGCGAACAAUCACCACUCUGCCUUCCAGGGUCCGGAGAAACCCGCCAACCAGCCAACUUAGAACAAACUUGACCAUAUUUCAGAUCUCCUCAAUGCAGCUCGACAAAUAUCACGUUAAGAGGGAAUCUAUGGACGGAAAAAACGAAUAGCAUUUCCCGUAUUGUUAAUCAGAAUGGUGCAUAGCUCUGUCCUAAAUGGCGUACUUUUGACCUUUUGCUGAAUGGAAUUUUUUCACAUUUCCAGGGUUUUCAGAAGAGGAUGUCGUCGGAUAAACAGUUGGAUAAACUUCUUUAGUGGUGAACAGGGGAUGAAAGCAAAUAUGUUUGUAUUCCAAUUUCCUCCAAAAGGAAAAGACAAACAAUCCAAGAUGGUGUUUCUACGACUUUCCAAAAGAUGGAAAAAAUAUUAAGAGAUUAAUUUUGUUGGUCAGAACUCAAAGUUGCCAUCACUUCCUCAGCCAUUGUAUUAGAAUCACCCUCACAGCAGUGUUAAUUCAUAACAUGUUUUUUUGUAAUUUACUGCCAAGGUAAUAUAAAUGUCUAUUAUUAUUUUUUAUUUUUAAUGAAAAUAUGAUUGCAAUUGUUGAUAACUGGAAAUGAGUCAUCACAGUCACUGCAUACUAUUACCCGACAAAGUAUCGACAGUGAGAGCUGAGAGUGGGUCAAUGACAUAACAUGGUUGUCUUGUCCAGAUCCAUUCAUUUAUUCAACAUGAAUGGAUGACAUUUAAAGUAAUUAAGAACAGCUGCCCUUAUAUCAUUUUUUUUUGUAGUUUGGCAUAAUAUUUCAUUAUUUGAUUGAAUUAUUGUUUCAAAAUGUCAUGUGAUGUGACUCUCCAAAACCUUAAUAUUUCUGAUUUAAUUAUUUAUUUGUAUUUCUAAAAAAUUUAAAAAAAAACCUUUACAUUGAUUUUUUUUAAAUAAUCACAAAUAAUCACACAAAUAGUGAGUGUACACAUCACAAUCACAAAUAAUUAUGUGUUUAAGGUGCGAGGAAUAUGUAUUAUUUUUCACUUGAUAGUUACACCAUAUUACAUUUUUAUAGUAAUUCAAUUUCUUAAAAUUUUUUAUAAAAUGUUUUCAAACUCAAUAUGAAAUUCUGAAAAUGUUCAUUUUCAAAUAUUUUUCCUUUUCUUUAUAUGGACGCUCUGAUUUGUCAUUGACCCCGGUGCCAUUUGGGACAGAGCCUGUGUCAUUGGGAUUGAACCAGCUUUGCUAGGAUGCAACAAUAAAGUGCCAACACUUAGUAUACCGGCACAGAUUGGCACAUAAUGUGUCGCAGGUAAAUAAAAAAAAAGAACCUGAUUACAAUAGCAUAGUUCACAUGCAUUACUGCCUGUUGACUUUAUCGGAUCCCCCGAUGCACUUGAAACCACCCCAAGUGCUCUGAUGUGUUACCACAGGGGUUUCUGAACAAAUCACAAAGGGCCUGAAUUUGGCCCGAAUGUAUUAAGGCUGUCAUCUUAAGAUGGUGAGAGUUAAACGUGGUCUUUUGUAUUGCAGAAUUCAGUCAGUCGGUCAUUGAUUUUGAUUAUGGCUCAUGUACCUCUGUAUCCCUGGGUCCAAUCCUGAGUGUCAUUGAAAGUACAUAGAAAAGACCUCAUGGAGAAAAUAUAGAGAUAGAUGUACUGUAUAAUACUCAUUGGAGUAAAUUUUUGUUAAGAUUAUGUGUUUGAUGGUUAGAAUCUAACCAAAUGAGACAGAAUAAGACAUAUACAACCACCAAAGUGGUACAGUAUGAGACAGAAUUUCUUUUUCAUGUCUGUUCAGCGAAUGAAGACUGUAUAAACACGUCUUUUUUAUAUUAUGUAAAGUUUUAGCACUCUUUACCCAGAGCUAAUCACUGUAAAUACAUUCUCAUUGCAAUAUUGGACUCAUGCAUAGAGCACAUAGAAUAAUCAGCUGAGAUUCAACGGAUAUUUUUAUACUUUCUUUUUUUUUUAUUCACGUUUGGAAUGACAAUAAGAAACUUUUUGUAUUAUUAUAUAUAAAAAAAAUUACCCUAAAGUGUCAAAGCAAUAUUUUAGAGAAGACUACUACGGCUGGUGAUUUAGCAUUCUUGUACUGUUUGCUCAGUCAAAUACAACCAAAGAGCAAGUGAUAUGCUUGAGUUAUGAAUUUGGACACUUCAGAACUGGUCAGUGCUGCUGAAACAGUCGCCGCCUUGAUUUGUAACCUAUAAAGUUGUCGACUCAAACAUGCAAACUUUUUUUUGAUGUCAUCAUCAUUAUAUAAAUAUAUACACACAGUGUAACAAAAAAUAUAAAAUGUACAUUGUUUUAAAUGGCAUAUUAUUUUGAUUUUGUCCAAAUGUAAAUGUUAAACUUUCAACACUUGAUACUAUGAUACUGUUGUUGUUUUGAAUUGUAGAAAUUCACCAGCAGCAAUUCGUGUUGCGAAUAGUGCCUUCUCUGAUGUCCUUAUUCUGAGAGGUCAGUCAUUUUUAAAACAUUUAACGAUGGAAUGUGUUUUCUGAUGUCCUUCAGAUGGUUUCAGUAUCAGACACUUUGGCGCUGAAGAUCUGGUGAUGAUUGUACUGUAAAUAGAUACUGUAACGAGCUGUCAUAAUGUUUCAUUAUAUUCACAAUACCUUAGUCUCAGUAUAUUAUGAUUGUGGAGCGGUCUCAGCUGAGUGAACCAGACCACACUGGUUUUUGAGGGGCUAAGAAUGGAAAAUUCUGUGCUGCCUUGAUGAAAAAGCCUGGAAACAUUUAUCAAUGAUUUUGUACAUUUGAAUAAAUAAAUUUAUUGUCUACAA